AUGGCACAUUUGCAAUAUCUACCGGGAGACCCACGUUUGGUCGAUCAAUUGGUUUGCGAGCUGAAAUCCAAGGGUAUAUUCGAUCAAUUCCGAAAAGACUGCAUCGCAGAUGUGGAUACCAGGCCAGCUUAUCAAAACUUGAGGCAGCGAGUUGAGAGCUCCGUUGCUUCCUUCCUUGCUCGGCAAACAUGGAAGCCAGACCUUAACAAAAAUCAGCUUCGAGAGAAGCUUCGGAAACAUUUACUUGAUGCUAACUACUUGGAACAAGGAGUGGAAAGAAUAGUUGAUCAAGUUGUAAAUCCUAAAGUGGCUUCAGUCUUCAUACCUCAAGUAGAAGACCUUGUGUACAACUACUUAGGUAUUCCAAGAAAGAAACCAGCAGAAACUGCUGAAACUUCCAAUGGAAAAGUCGUGGAUCUGUUACCAACAGAUUUGGAGGCUGUCAGCCCGGGUUCAGUUAAAAGUAAUGAUGAUAAAAGUGAAGCAAUGGACAUUUCUGUUACAAAAGACGAAAAAAUGGAAAUUGAUAACCAAACUAUAGAAGUCAGAGAUGAUUCAACAAUAUUUGAAACUAUUGGCAAAGAAAAAGAAGAAUCAAGACUAUCAGGAAUCAGUGAAUUGACUAUACACGAUUCUGACUCUGCCAGUAUUGAUAAAAGUACUAUACCAUUACCAGCUGAAGAAAUUAAAUUGGAAAAUAUACCUGCUCCGGAAUGCAGCCCGCCGAAUAUUAAAAAUAAAAAAAUUGAUCUUGAAAAGAUAGAUUUACCAAAAGAACCUAAUUUGUCUACAGACAUACCACUGCCAGAUGAAAUGCCUAAAGUAGAAAAAGAACUGUUAUUUAACCCAUUAACGUUAAACAGUGAAGAUGAUGACGAUUCCAGUUCCGAUUCGUCGUUACGUAGAAACAUGUCGCCUUUGACUCCAAUAAGAAACUUUGACAACGAAAAUUCAUGUGAUGCACAACAAGGUUUUGACAAUGAUUCAGAUAGUAAAAUGGAUGAGAAGAAAGAACCCACUACUUUCAGAUUUACUAUAGAAAAGUCAGAUGCUAGCAAUGAUGCUUUAAAAGUAGAGAAGAAAGAAACUGAACCCAUUUCUAACCAAACUGAAGUGUACCAAUUCAGUAACCAAAUAGAUGCGCAUACAUUUAAUACACCACUUUAUGACGACAGUUCAAAUAGUCAUAACUUGCAAAUAGAUUAUGAAAGUGAUGCUAAUAGUAAAACUGUUACAGAUAUAAAACUUCCUGAAGCAGAUCAGAAUUCUGGAGAUUCAAACAAGAAAGAGAAGAAAGAAGAAAAACGGAGUAGUCAUAAGAGUUCGCACAGAUCUAGAGAUUCAUCUAAGCAUUCUAGCAGCAAAGAUAAGAAAUUUGAUCCAAAACAUUCGAACUCUAGAGACAGUAGUAGACAGUCCAAGGAUGACAAAAAAUUUAAAGAUGAUAAAUCUAAGUCUAGCCACAAAGAAAGAUCAAGUGAUAGAACAGAAAAAAAAGAUAGUAGAGAUUCGUCUAAACAGAGAAUUUCGAGCUCGCACAAAAGUUCGAAUUCUAAAGAUAAAGAUUCAAAGCAUGGAACCUCGAGAUCUAGCAAACAUUCGAGUAGUAGUAAACACGAUGAUAAAAAGUCAUCAUCGAGUAAAGAAAAAGAAAAGUCAGAUAAAUCGUCUGACAGGAGCUCGAAAGAUAAAAAAGAUUCGAAAGAUAGAGAUUCAAAAUCAAGUUCUCAUCGUUCAGAUAAAGAUAAAAAGAGCAGCAGUAAAAGUAAAGAUGACAGAGAUAAAGAGAACAAAGAAAGAAAAGAAAAGAAAUCAGCUGAUGACCAUUACAGUCUUUCAGGGAGGGGAAAUCCAAAUCGUAGGUCUACUGACAGAGAUUCAAAUGAUGGUAGUUCAUCUUCAAAAGGAUCUCACAAUCCAUCCAAUAAUAAAUCCUCGGAAAGUAGGAAUGACAAUAAAGGAAAUUCCAAAUCUGGUAAUACAUCAUCUAGUGGAGAUUCAACAAGUCCUAGUGAUAGUGUAGGAGUUAUGGAAGCUAAACCCAUAUCACAGAAUAAGGCUAUAAGAGUUGAUAGUCAUUUGGAAGUGCCAGUAUCUACACCAGCUAGAUUACCUUUCGUGCCCGACGUAACUCUUAAAAAACCGAAAUUUGCCGCUAAUUUGGAAGAAGCAAAAAAAAUGAUUAAGAUGAGGAAGUUCUUAGAAGAAGAGCAGAAAAGAAUGAAUCAAGAAGCUGCUUUACUUCUUGAGUUUCAGGCGAAUGUUAGACCGAGUCUUAGUCAAGUGUACUCCAGUGUACCUGGACCAGAACUGGAAUUUGCUUGUGUCUCUAAUACUGUGCAACCUACCCAUACUCAAGUACUUAUUUUAGAGGAUAACACAUCACAAAAUGUUAUCCAAGAUAAUAAUAUAGGAGAAAUAAUAACUGAGAAUGAAAAUAUGGAGGGAAACGCUAAAGUAGAAAUUGACGAACGACACGAUGCAAUAGCUGAAACUCUUUUUGCAAUGCACCAGGAUGGAAAUACUAAAAUGUCUGAAUAUCAAGAUGGUGACUCGCAAGAUAAUGUGGUAAAAGACGAAUUUGUAGAACAGAGCAAUGAAGCCGUAAUUGAAACUUUGUCUAAAGGGGGAAUUAAAUGUGAAGACAAAAUUACCAUUACAGUACCUGAAAGUGAUUGUGCUAUUAGAGGUGAAUAUAAAGAAACAAGUACAUUACAAGAAAAGAGAUUAAAAGAAUUUGAAGCUCAAGAGACACAUAAAAAACACGAAGACUCGUCAGAUGUCGAAUGUAUUACAGCUAUAGAAGUUUCUGAUAAUAAAGAAACAGAAAUCCAUCGAAUUAUUCAACAAGAAUUGAAGUACUUUGCGGAUCACGAAAAAUUCACAGCAGAAAUUGAAAGAGACAAGUUCAACAAGUUCUACCUGCAAUUUAAAGCUCAAUUCACAAAUAAAAUGUAUUUAGUAAAUUGUGAUACUUAUGAAGAAAAUAUUGUAAGGGAAGUAGCAAAGAAUUUCGGAGAGUUUGAAAUAAUUAAUUAUAUUAAAAAUGGACACUUGAAGUUACCCAAAGGCGGCAGAAACAUUAUCAAAAAUGUUAAUUUAGCUAAUGAAAUAACGUUACCCACUAACACAGAUGAAUUUGAAGAUCGUUCACCAGUGUUCAGUCCAGUUAGAUCUGAAUGUUCUUUUGAAUUAUCCAGUGACUAUGAUGCUAAAUUAGAAGAAAUGGUGAUUAAAACAUCCAGGCAGGAAAUAAUGGAGAUUAUACUUGGUAGUGCUGUUGAAGACUCAACUACAAAGUUACCAGAGAUAAACUAUUGUAUGGAUUCCAAUAUAGAAAGUGAGGAUACUUUGAAGAGGAAAUUCAGCGAGGUGGAGAGCAGUGUUAAUAAUAAUAUGCAAGUGCUGACACCUAAUAAGCAAAGGAAGUUGAGCGAAACUGAUCAGAUCUCGUCUACCACAGAAGAAAACACUGAAACCUCAAACAACAACAAUACAAGGUCCAAAUUUUUGGGAAAAGCACGCAGAGUUGGAUUGCCACGACCUAAGAGAAGUACUCUACCAAAUAGCCCAUCAAGCGAUAAGUCAGUGGAAAAUUACGAGCAAAACGCCCCUACCCCGAACGGCAAACUCAAAACUACACCGCGCACUAAAGUGCAACGUUUCAGAAGUGUUAAAUUCGCGUUGCACAUGGUCCACGUAGGUGGACAUAGGUGAACCACGGGAAGCAAUAAUUGCCUGUGAUCCACCGAGGUGAACCAGUCAGGUGAUCCACGGGAAGCAAUAAUUGUCCCUGGUCCACCGAGGUGAACCAGUCACGUGAACCACAGGCAAGAAGCGCAAUAACGCUUCAUAUAUGGAAUAAUAAUCUAUAUCAGUUUUUUACUAUUAUUUUAUUAAAAAUAAUAAAUUAUUGUGGCCCUACUACGAAGUUACUAUGUUAAUAUAGAAAGUAGAUAUUAAAUUAAUGAUUUCAUUUUGUUAAAACUUAGUUUUUCAAGUUCUGGAAUUGUUUCCUUAAAAAUCAUUUUUAACUACUUCACAAAAAGAAGCUUCUUAUCCGACUGUAUUUUUUGUGUACGUUACGAGAUACUUCGACAUUUGCCAACCGAUUUGAUGAUUCUUUUUUUGUUAGAAAGGGGGUAUCUCAGUAGUGAUCCCAUUUAAGUUUGAAGAAAAUAUUCCAUCUCUAAGGAAGGCAAAUUAAGGAAUGAAUCAGGUUUAUUGGAUUACACUCACUGUCAGUUAAUCAAAUUUAAUAAAACUUAGAUUACAAAUAAAUGUAAUUCCACACACUUUUAAGGUCGGUUUUUUUUUCAUAAAAAAAGUUAAAAUUUACAAUAUUUUCAUGUAGGUAAAAUGUCGAGAGAAAAUAUAUGUCAAAUUGUAUUCAGUUGAAAAUACCCUUUCAUGUUUGUUUCCACUGACGCUGAGUCAAGGCAAUGCAUGUAAGUACGAUCCAAAUUUGAAAGUAAGUGGGCAGACUUCAGUAAGAGCAAAUCUUAUUUAUCUGUGAAAGUAUAGUUAAUUAAUAUUAAAAUAUAUUAAAAUUGUCUAUAUUUUGUCCUUACAGGUAUAUAAAAUAAAACA